UAGACUUUUAGGUGUUGCUGAACUAAUCACCCAUCUCUAACAUGUAAAUCCAGCUGUACAGCUCUGCAUGAGAUAAUUCUCUGUGGGAUAUAUAAAUUUGCCAAAUUCCUUCUGCCUUUUGGACUUAAAGGACACCUUUAUUCACAAUACCCAUUGAAUGCUAGCGGGUGGUCAGAGCAUUGCACAGCUAACGAUGAAUCCCCGAGGGGGAAUCAUUUUGGCGCACACUGUGAUAGAGAGUUCUAGAAAGUCACACCCACUCCCUUAUGUAACUCACCAGGCUUAUCACUCAAACACACGCCUACUUACCCUAACUAAAAAAAUAAGUCCAUGUAAGAACAAGGAUUAUGCGACUGCCUACUAUACAUAUGGGACCUGUUAACUGAAUUGCUUUGCCCUCAAAGCAAAGGAAACAAGAUGUCUAAAGGUCCAGCAGUUGGUAUUGACCUGGGCACCACCUACUCCUGUGUUGGUGUCUUCCAGCAUGGCAAGGUAGAGAUUAUUGCCAAUGACCAAGGAAAUCGGACCACUCCCAGCUAUGUGGCUUUUACCGAUACUGAAAGACUUAUUGGUGAUGCUGCGAAGAAUCAGGUGGCAAUGAAUCCAACCAACACAGUAUUUGAUGCUAAGCGGUUGAUUGGCCGUCGCUUUGAUGACCCAGUGGUUCAUUCAGAUAUGAAGCACUUGCCUUUUACUGUUAUUAACGAUGGAGGACGUCCCAAGGUCCAAGUUGAAUACAAAGGAGAAACUAAGACAUUCUAUGCAGAAGAAGUAUCAUCCAUGGUCCUUACCAAGAUGAAGGAGAUUGCAGAAGCCUAUCUAGGAAAGACAAUCAACAAUGCUGUGAUUACAGUUCCCGCAUACUUCAAUGAUUCCCAAAGACAGGCGACUAAAGAUGCAGGGACAAUCUCUGGCCUCAAUGUUCUGCGCAUUAUCAAUGAGCCAACAGCAGCUGCCAUAGCAUAUGGUCUGGACAAGAAGGUGGGCGGUGAAAGAAAUGUCCUGAUUUUUGAUCUUGGAGGCGGCACCUUUGAUGUAUCCAUUCUUACAAUUGAGGAUGGUAUAUUUGAGGUCAAAUCCACAGCUGGGGACACACACCUUGGUGGCGAGGACUUUGAUAAUCGCAUGGUGAACCACUUUGUAGGGGAGUUCAAACGUAAACACAAAAAGGACAUUAUUGAGAACAAGCGUGCCAUCCGACGCCUGCGCACAGCCUGCGAACGUGCAAAACGCACCCUGUCCUCCAGCACCCAGGCUAGUAUUGAAAUAGACUCCCUCUAUGAGGGCAUUGACUUCUACACCUCUCUAACCCGGGCCCGCUUUGAAGAACUCAAUGCAGACCUCUUCCGGGGCACACUGGAGCCUGUGGAAAAAGCCCUCAGAGAUGCCAAGAUGGACAAGGCACAGAUUCAUGACAUUGUUCUCGUUGGAGGUUCCACACGCAUUCCCAAGAUCCAAAAGCUACUCCAGGACUUCUUCAAUGGGAGAGAGCUGAAUAAGAGUAUAAACCCAGACGAGGCUGUUGCUUAUGGUGCAGCUGUCCAAGCUGCUAUCCUCUCUGGGGAUAAGUCAGAAAAUGUUCAAGACCUGCUUCUGCUGGAUGUCACUCCUCUGUCUCUGGGCAUUGAGACUGCUGGUGGAGUCAUGACUGUUCUCAUCAAACGCAACACAACGAUACCCACCAAGCAGACCCAGACAUUUACUACGUACUCCGACAACCAGCCAGGUGUCUUGAUUCAGGUAUUUGAAGGUGAACGGGCAAUGACCAAGGACAACAACCUGCUUGGGAAAUUUGAGCUAAUCGGCAUUCCUCCAGCACCCCGGGGGGUUCCCCAGAUUGAAGUGACCUUUGACAUUGAUGCCAAUGGAAUUAUGAACGUAUCAGCUGCGGAUAAGAGCACUGGGAAAGAGAAUAAGAUUACUAUCACGAAUGACAAAGGCCGGCUGAGUAAGGAAGAGAUUGAGCGCAUGGUACAAGAGGCAGACAGAUACAAGUCUGAAGAUGAAGCCCAAAGAGAUAAGAUUUCAGCCAAGAACUCUCUGGAGUCCUUGGCUUUUAACAUGAAGAGCACAGUUGAGGAUGAAAAGCUGAAUGACAAGAUAAGUGCAGAUGACAAACAAAAAAUCCUAGACAAAUGCAAUGAAGUCAUCUCUUGGUUGGACAAGAACCAGAUGGCAGAGAAAGAGGAAUAUGAGCAUCAGCAAAAGGAACUGCAGAACCUGUGUAACCCCAUCAUCACCAAACUAUACCAGGGUGCUGGUGGGGCUGGAAUGCCUGGUGGGAUGCCUGGAGGAUUCCCUGGGGCUGGGGCAGGUGGUGGAACUGGUGGUUCCUCUGGUCCUACCAUUGAAGAAGUUGAUUAAAGUGCUUCAUAUUUUCUUAGAAUGUCCAAGCUGUGUCCGUCCAGCAACUGUUUUUAUUACAGCUUGCAAUAUCUUCCAGUAGUUGUUAGGUCUGUAGCUGUUGCUAGAGUUUUUACAGGCUGGCCACCAAGGAUCCACUUUAUUAAUUUGUCAGUAAUCCCAGUAAUAAUGCUUUUGGGUAUCAUUUAUCUUGGGGCUGCUAAGUAUGUAGGUGGCAUUGAUAACACCCAUAACAAUCAGCAGUCCCUUGAUAAAAGAACUUCACUUAUAGCACAAUUAUAAAGCAUGUGGCUGUCACCCCUUUUACACUCUGCACGGUCUCCUGGACCCUCUAUGUAAUUCUAAGUACAGCUUACCACAUAUGUGUCUUUUGAUCAGAAUUUCAGUCAUGAGUUACAAAUUAACCUAAUCAGUUGCGUAAGUAAUUAUUUCCUGUGUAGAAAUGCGACCCAGAGUACUUGCUAUAUCUUUGCUCAUGGAUCAAGUUAUCAAAUGUCAAAAUAUUUCAUCAUAGUUGGAAACAUCAUGUAACUUCUUUUGAAACGGAGGUGCGCGUUCCCUUUAAGCUGUGUAAAUUAAGCGACCGGUGAGUUUGCCUAAGACUUAGGCUUUGUGCAAAGGAUCCAUUGGGGCAAGCAUGUUUGGUGGGCUGUUCUGUGGGUUCAGUGCAAGGCAACAUAAUGGACUACACACCCCCAAUCAUUUUUACUUGAGUUGGAUGAUUUGCUUUGCAAUAUGGCUGUAAGUAUGAAAAUCCACUGCAUUCAAAACACAAAUACCCCCCGGAUUGGAUCCUUCUUAAGUUUGACUUAACUUGACUCGAAUGACCUUUAGUGCCCUGGGUAGGUUUUGUAAUGUUUUGUAGAGCCGUCUGGCCCGUCUGACUUGUAAACUGCAGCAUGCCACAUAUCUGGCAGUUAGAAAUGCCACUAAAGGGUAGCUCUGAUUCAGGGAAGUGAAGGCAUGUGCCAAAAUAAAGUGCUUUUAAUUAUAGAGGUUUUUAUAUAGCUCAUUAUCUGUCCAUUACAAAAAUGGCACUCGGACUGUUGUGUGUGAUGUUAGAACUAGUAAGUUUAGGAAUAAACUGGUUCUACAGAACCAACCCAUGAA